AUGACCGCUUGUUUUGCAUGCAAGGCGUUCGUUUCGAGAGAGAGCAAAAGACUGCCAAUUUCAGAAGAAAUCGACCUUGGCGACUUCUACGAUAACCAGGAAUGGGUGCUGAAAGAUGCUCGUUUACGGAAUGGUACGACGAGAUCUAUGGAACGUACGAAUGAGAGCGUCUCUAUGGUCUCAAUGAAGCUCACUUUGAAGAGACAGAGCUUCUACUAUGUGUUCAACCUCGUCUUCCCUACUACUCUGGUGUCUCUGGUAGCAGUAAUAGGAUUUCAUGCUCCAAUCAAUGCUACAGGAAGAAGAGAAAGCAAAUUUAGGCUUGGUAUCAUGACUCUCCUUUCCAUGUCCGUAAUGCUAUUAAUGUUAGUCGGUGAAAUGAAAUUUGCAAUGGAAAGCGUGCCAGGCAAACGCGGUUCUUUCAGCGAUGUUCCUUUACUCGGGAUCUACUACAUGAGUCUGAUUUUCAUAAUCAGUAUAGCCACCUGCACGUCUAGUAUAUUUGUUCAUUUGGAGAAAUACGCUCUUCGUAAUCCUACAUGGCAGGCAGUCCCCUGGUAUCUGCAAUGGUUAGCAGCCAAGAAACUCUUUUGUUGUUAUGUCCCCAAAGCUUUUCGAUAUGGUAAAGACGUUGUGCGAAACAACAAUGUACAGGCAGUCUCCCUGCAAUCGACUCCUGAGCACGCUUUGAUGAAGAAUUUGAUUCCUAACGAGGUAAAUUUUACGGAGAUAAACACCGAUAUACCGCUUCAUGGCGAAGUACUUCUUGAAGCGCAUCCUGGUGCUAGUGGCAAGGUGGACACGAUUAUUGCGCUCCUCCGAGAAGUGAUCUCCGUCAAGCAAACACAUCAUCGAAAUCAGCAAUUGCGUUCGUUCUGGGAGCGGAUCAUCAAGCGACUCGAGAACGUCUCACUUUGCGGUUAUCUCUCGCUCAUCGCCAUCAACUUCACCAUGUUUAUCUAUCCAGAAGUCUGGUAUUGA